AUGGGGAGUAUGCUACCAGGAAGUAAGCUGCACAGAAAAUAUAUACUAGGGCCUGUAAGGGCAUUUCAGCCUCAUCCCUCCCCUACAAGAGAUAUCUUACCAACUGGCUCAAGACCUCUUCUCAAGAUGUUGAGGAUGAUAUCUGCUAAUUUGCGAAAAAAAAGGUUGACACCAUCACAUAUCGGUGUGAUUCUACGUGAUUCUCACGGUAUUGCUCAGGUGAAAAGCGUCGCCAGAAGCAAGAUCCUCUACAUUUUGAAGGAGAUUCCAGAGGAUCUGUACCGCUUCAUAAAGAAAGCAGUUGCCCUCAGGAAGUGCUUGGAGAGGAACAUGAAGGACAAGGAAGCGAAGUUCAGAUUGAUUUUGGUGGAGAGUAGGAUUCACCGUCUCGCCCGUUACUGCAACAAGACCAAGAAGCUCUCGCCCUUUUGA